AUGGGCGUCUGGCAUAAAAACAAAUGCCAAGUCAUUGUCCAAGAUCUGCUAGUCGUCGAUUUGCUAGAGCAUCUUGCGAAGGGUCAGAGGACCCUGGCCGGGGAGGGCAUGUCUCAGAUCGUACGGAGUCUCCUGGAACUCUUGCAGAGGAGGAACUACUACAGUGGUGACCUUCUCUUCUCCACGGAGAUUCUACGAAAUGUGACUGACACCUUCAAAAGAGCAACCUACAUCCCAGCUCCCGACGACGUGCAGAAAUUCUUCCAGAUUGUCAGCCACAUGUUGGACUUAGAAAAUCUUGAAAAAUGGGAGGAUGCUCACCAGGUCGCUCCCGGUGCUGCUUUACUGAUGAGGAUAUUGGAGGAUUUUAUUCACCUCGUUGGAGAAGCUCAGAAGCCAUUUCAGAGUUUUCUAGUGGUUACAAACAACCUCAUGAUAACCAUCCAGAGAGAGCCAGUGUCAGCAGUUUCGAGUGAUAUCAACUUUCCUAUGAAGGGACGAAGAGGGAUGAAGGACUGGGCCAGAACAGCCGAGGAUAAGCUCUUCAUCCCUAAAGAAGUUUUUACCAUUCCCACUGAAG